AUGAGAUCCACUUGUCAAAAAUCCAAGACAAGAGGUAGAUGUGGUUGUGGUGCCAGAUUUAGUAUCAAGUUAGAUAGAAUAUCAGGAAAAUAUAUUGCUUGUGAUUUUGUUAAACAUCAUAAUCAUGAUCUUGUGCCUCAAGAUUGCAUUCAUAUGUUGCCAUCCCAAAGAAAAAUUUCUACCACCCAAGCAAUUGAAGUAGAAUUAGCUUCACAAUCUGUAAUUCCUCUUAGGUCUGCUUAUGAACUAUUUGGUAGGGAAUCUGGUGGAAGAGAAUCACUUGGUUUCACCAAAUUGGACCAAAAAAAUUACGUAAGAUCGAAGAGACAAAAAGAUUUGGAAUAUGAGGAAGCGGGUAGUGUGUUGCAUUACUUUCGUAAGAAAACUGUGGAAAAUCCAUCUUUUUUUUAUGCAGUCCAAUUAGAUUGUGAUGAGCAGAUAAGUAAUGUAUUUUGGGCUGAUGCUCAAAUGAUCAUGGACUAUGCUCAGUUCGGUGAUGUAGUGACAUUUGACACUACUUACAAACUAAAUAAUGAGCAUAGACCUUUUGGAUCAUUUGUUGGAUUUAAUCAUCAUCGAGAAACAGUUAUAUUCGAUCAAGAUGCUGCGAUGGCUAAGGCCAUUUCAAUUGUCAUGCCCAAUACAAACCAUCGUCUUUGUACGUGGCAUUUGAUGCAAAAUGCUGUCAAGCAUGUAAGUUCUGUUUUCGAUGAUGUAGGGGUGAAGGGUGUGUUUUCAAAAUUUAUGCAUGACAUUGAUGAUGAAGAAGAAUUCCGAAUACAGUGGGACCAAAUGCUUGAUAAGUAUGAUGCAUUCGACAAUCAUUGGUUGGAGAAGACUUUUCGCGUGAAGGAGAAAUGGGGAUGGCCAUAUAUUAUGAAUUCUUGGGCAGCUGGAAUGAGUACUACUCAACUUAGUGAAUCCUUUAAUGCAUUUCUGAAAGAUUAUCUGAAUUGUGACCAUAAUUUGAUGGAGUUCUUCAAGCAUUUUGAGAGGUGCUUUAUGAGAAGAGGUAUAAGGAAUUGGAAGCGGAGUAUAAUUUGUCCCAAAAAUUGCUGA